UACAGCAGCACGGAGGGCAAGAACUGAGCAGAAAGAAAAAACUGCACAAAUGUGACAAUCCAACGAACGUUUACAUGGCGAAGGGAAAGCUGGUGCGAAAGGAGUUAUUGUGGGACUCCUUUGAGCUUCGACACGCUACUGGAUCAAAAUGCUCAUAGUGGAGAAGACCACAGACUUCCCCUCUGCUGAGUUCUCUCUGGUGGAGGAUGUAGCUCUGCACUUCACCUGUUUGAUGGACAGGCUGAACGAGCAGCGCCUCUUCCAGCCUGACCUUUGCGACGUGGACAUUGUUCUGGUGCGUCAGCACAGCACUUUCCCCGCACACAAAGGUGUGCUGGCGGCCUACAGCCCUUUCUUCCACUCGCUCUUUGCACAAAGCAAGCAGCUGCGACGGGUGGACCUGUCUCUGGAUGCCCUCACCUCUCAGGGCCUGCAGCAAAUCCUCAACUUUAUUUACACCUCCAAGCUGCUCGUGAGCGGCCGCACUGUCCGCGACGUGCUCAACGCUGCCACUCUGCUUCAGAUGAGUGACAUUGCAGCUUCUUGCCGCGACCUCAUCAGCAGCUAUUCGCUGAGAACCACCUGCACAGACAUGGCGGCUCAGGGGGCGCUCGGCAACAGUGAACCACCUGCGGUGAUGCCUCCUACCCAGAUGUACCGGGAGAUCAAAAAGGAGUCGGAGCUAGGCAGGGUGCACGUACAGGACGGUGGCAGCCCAUUCUUGGUUAAAGUGGAGGAGGCAGGCAAGAUGAGUUCCCAGACAAAUCAGUACUACAAGAAGGAGGAGGGACCAGGUACUGGAACGGGCGUGGCUGCUUUGUGCAAUGUUGAUGGCAACAAGGAGGAGUCAAAGACAGCAGAUGGCCACACCUCCUUCAACAGAAAUCAGAUCAUCGUGGAGGUAAAUCUUAACAACCAGACUCUGAAUGUUUCCAAGGGGUCAGAGGGUAAAACGGGAGACGCAGCAGAGGCCGUGUUCGGCCGUUGCUGUGACGACAAGAGAGAGGGUGUGGUGAACGAGUCAGAAAAUGAGGAUGCAGGCGGAGAAGAGGACGACAGGAACUGCAAAAGAAGGGACAUACUGGGGCAGAGCAGCGAAGAUGAGGAGGAGGAUGUGGAUGAAGAGGAGGAGGAGAAUACCCUCAGCAUUCCAGGCUUGGAGCAAAGGCCCCUGAUGGAUCGACCUCGAAGAGCCACCAGAGCCUUGGCCAAAGCAGCCACGGCGGUUUCUCUGCGCCACACGCUUGCCGAGGCAACGUUAGCCAACCAGAGGCAAGGUGGCAAGAGGACGCUGGAUGCAGACGGUCUCGGUCAGAAGGUAAGAUUAGAGGAGAAGCAACAUUUUCCAUGUAAGAAAUGCCCUCGCAUCUUUAACAACCGCUGGUACCUGGAAAAACACAUGAACGUCACUCACAACCGCAUGCAGAUCUGCAAUAACUGCGGGAAACGCUUUCUGCUGGAGAGCGAGCUGCUGCUGCACCAACAAACCGACUGCGAGAAGAGCAUUCAGUGUGUAACAUGUGGGAAGGCCUUCAAGAAGCUGUGGUCAUUACACGAGCAUAACAAGAUUGUGCACGGCUAUGCCGAGAAGAAGUUCUCCUGUGAGACCUGUGAGAAGAAGUUCUACACCAUGGCUCACGUCAGGAAGCACAUGGUUGCCCACACGAAGGACAUGCCAUUCACCUGCGAGACCUGUGGGAAGUCGUUCAAGCGCAGCAUGUCUCUGAAGGUUCACUCUCUGCAGCACUCUGGAGAGAAACCCUUCAAGUGUGAGAACUGUAACGAGCGUUUCCAGUACAAAUAUCAGCUACGUUCCCACAUGAGCAUCCACAUCGGACACAAGCAGUUCAUGUGCCAGUGGUGCGGCAAGGACUUCAACAUGAAACAGUACUUUGAUGAACACAUGAAGACACACACUGGAGAAAAGCCGUACAUCUGUGAGAUCUGCGGGAAAAGCUUCACGAGCCGGCCCAACAUGAAGCGCCACCGCCGCACCCACACCGGAGAGAAGCCGUACCCGUGCGAGGUAUGCGGCCAGCGCUUCCGCUUCUCCAACAUGCUCAAGGCCCACAGGGAGAAAUGCUUCCGCGUCAGCAACACCGUGGUUACCAACAACAACAACGACCCAGUCACCCUCACUCAGUCCCUGGCCCCGCCUACAGUGGACUCUUCCGGACAGGUCCAGCUUUGCAUGGCGCGCCCUGUGACCUCGGUGACCACGCCCGCUGCUGCCUCCAGCCCCCGCUCACUCCACAGCACCCAGCUGUCUCUCCCCUUGCUGCACUCCAUGGGGGGGCUGCCUCCCACCCCACAUUUACCCCCGCCGCCUCCCUUGUUCUCUGAUGGUAGGAUGAACUCCAGCAACUAACAAACCGUCAUAGCAUCAAAAGCACUUUGGUACUUUUUUCUUUUUCUUUGAGCUUAAACUGGUUGAAAGGCCUUCUGCAAGGGGAGAGCACACACCUCAGUGACAUUUAACCUCUGCGUGAAAAUUGCCAGACUGUGGCCACUGAUACGUCUGGCUGGAGGUCUAACAGAGACCUCAUAAAAAUACCUACCGUAAUAAUAAACAGCUAUUUUUUACUCUAUUGAAAACAAUAGAUAACCUCAGCAUCCGAAUAGACGUGCCGUCACCACGCUUCUUUGUACCGGUAUUCUUUUCCAAAGCCACGCACAUCUCCAGAACCUUGCACAGUGCAUUGGUUUGUUUUGUUUUGUUUUUUUGUUUUUUUACUGACUACAGCAUCUGGAUUUAGAUUUUUUUCAAGAUGACAGGAAGAAUUCUCAUGCAGGAGGGUCAUCAGUCGAACAAGAACCGCACCAUGGCCAGACAAGAUAUUUAUUUUUGAUGGUUUUCUGACCAGAUGUAGCAGGUGGUUCCGAUGUGACCCAGCAAUAACCAAAAGCUGAAUUUUUUUUUGAGCAUAUACUUGUAUACGGCAUUGCCAGUAACCAAAUCCUGUUAGCUCACCUGUUGUAGUUAAACCGUGUUAUACAGCAUUUAUAACCAUUACUGCACCUUAUGUGUAAUUCUAAUGACAUAUAGAUAUAUAUAUAUAUAAAUUGUAGUCCUAAUUGUUUUCUUCUUUGUGGCUGUGAUCAUGUGUGGGCCGUGGCAUGUUUUGUUAUUGGCGAGGUUGUGAGGCGAUUGGGAGUGGCCUGUGCGUGCAGGUGAUGAUGAUUCGGUUGCUUAUAUUAAGCAAAUGCUCUCGUCCUGUAGAUCUGCUUUUGAGGCGACACUGCAAUUUUCACUCACUCGUCUUCAACCGCUCACUCCAAUGCGGGACUGCGGGAGCUGGAGCCUAUCCCAGCAGUCACAGGGCGUGAGGCGUGGUACACCCUGGACAGGACGCCAGUCUGUCGCAGGGCCACAUAAAGACAGACAGACAUGUUCAUACCCACAUGAACACUUAUGGCAAUUUAAAGUUUCCAGUCCACCUAACCAGCAUGUGUUUGGAUGUGGGAGGAAGCUGGAGCACCCAGAGGGAACCCACUCAAACAUGGAGAGAACAUGCAAACUCCA